AACGACAAAGCAGUCAUGGUAUCACCUAGCAGAACAUAUUACUCUCCUGAGAAAUGUAGACUGAGGAAAAGAAUAACAUUUUUGAAACAGCAUUAUAAAAAGAAAAUGCGAAACUUACAACAAAAUGUGCGUCGAAAAGCUAAUCGGAUAACAACGUUAAAAUGUUUAUUGAAUACAUUAAAACAAAAAAAUUUACUAAAUAAUGAAGAAGCUGAUAUUCUAGAAACUUUGGAUGAAUCGAAUGGUAAACUUUUUAAACAAUUAAUAAAGCAGAAAAACAAAUGUUUGCCUAGAAAAUAUGAUGAGCAAUUGCGCACUUUUGCUUUAACUAUACAUUAUUAUUCUCCACGUGCAUAUGAAUAUGUUCGCUCUAAAUUUAAUUCUUGCUUGCUACAUGUAAAAACUAUUGCUAAAUGGUAUCAUAGCAUUGAAGGAAAACCUGGUAUUAGUUCGGAAGCAUUGAAUUGUAUUAAGCAACGUGUAAAAAGUACAGAUUAUCCAUUAGUAGGAUCCUUAAUUUUUGAUGAAAUGGCAAUUCGACAGCAUGUGGAAUAUGAUGGUUCAAAAUUUUGUGGUUAAGUUGAUAUGGGUGAUUAUAUUGCAUGUGAUAAUACUGUUAUUGCAACUGAAGCCUUAGUUUUUACUAUUGUAUGCAUUAAUUCUGCAUGGAAAAUCCCUAUAGCAUAUUUUUUUAUAAACAAACUAACUGCCGAGCAAAAAAGAAACCUUACGCUACAAUGCAUUUCCGCAAUUCAUAAUACUGGCUUGAGAGUGGUGUCUGUUACUUGUGACGGAACAAGUACAAAUUUUAGUUUAUUUAAGCUUCUUGGGUGUAAUUUUGAUAAUGUUACAUCAUUACAGACAUCAUUUCCACAUCCUGACACAGGGGAAGAAAUUUUCACAUUUCCGGAUCCCUGCCAUAUGUUGAAGUUAGUACGUAAUGUUUUUGGAGAUGUUAAAAACAUUAUUGAUGGUAAUGAUCAAUCUGUUAAUUGGUCAGAUAUAGUUAAAUUGCAUGAACUUCAAGAAAAUGAAGGUAUGCAUUUGGGAAAUAAAUUAAGAAGUGCUCACAUUCAUUAUCACAAGCAGAAAAUGAAAGUAAAAUUAGCAUCACAAAUUUUUAGUACAUCUCUAGCAAAUGCACUUUCUUUUUGUAAAGACAAUUUAAAAUUAAAAGAGUUUCAAUUUUGUCAAGGAACAAUUCAAUUUUUGCGAGUUUUUAAUGAUUUAUUUGAUAUUUUGAACUCAAAAAGUAUGAAACAAAGAGAAUUUAAGCAACCUUUAAACAUGCAAAAUAUAAAAUUAAUAACAAAUAAAUUAAAUGAAAUUAAGUUAUAUAUUUUAUCUUUAAAAACAAAUAAUGGUCAAUUUUUAAUUA